AUGAUUGGAAAGACCGGCGUGGGGAAGAGUGCGGUGGGAAACACUCUGGUUGGUCGUAAGAUCUUUAAGUCGUGCCCCAGCGCCGGGUCCGUGACGGAGAACUGUGAGAUGGAGCGGCUGAGGGGGGGACGCAAGGUCCAUGUGGUGGACACACCAGGAAUCCUGGACACUUCCAAAAACGCAGAAACCAUCAAGAGGGAGAUCUCCAAGUGCAUCCAGAUGUCCAGCCCUGGGCCCCACGUGUUCCUCCUGGUGCUGCAGGUGGGCAGGUUCACCAAGGAGGAGGAGAACUGCGUGGAGGCUCUGGAGAAGAUCUUCGGACCCAACGCCACUCGCUUCAUGAUCGUCCUGUUCAGCCGUGGAGACGAGCUGGAGGGACGCACCAUCCAACAGUACGUCCAGAGCGGCAGCCCCAAGCUCCGGGAGGUCCUCAACAAGUGCGGCAACCGCUACCACGUCUUCAACAACAAGAAGAGAACCAACCGCCGCCAAGUCCACAAGCUCAUCCGCAUGAUCGACCGGCUGGUGGCGGCCAACGGAGGAGGCUUCUACGACGAGCAGAUGUACGACUCAAACCCUGUCUCUGAGGACGUCCAGCCCCAGCAGGUGGAGGCCCCCUGUAGGCCCCCCGCCUGGGACCGCUUCAACAGCGACCUCCUGCAGAGAGUCUGUCUGUUCCAGGCCUUUCUGCAGGCGAUCGGCCUCCCCGAGCUGGACGACAGCUGGCUGCAACCAGGCAUUAACCAAGCCCAACCAGCCGCUAACCAGGCUCAACCAGGCAUUAACCAGCCGCUAACCAGGCCCAACCAGGCAUUAACCAGGCCCAACCAGCCGCUAAUCAGGCCCAACCAGCCAUUAACCAGGCCCAACCAGCAGCUAACCAGGCUCAACCAGGCAUUAACCAGCCGCUAA